GCCCACUGAGCAAUGGUGGGAGAUGGCAGUUGAUGGGGCAUCCGGUCCUAGAGGCGGGGGUGGUAUCGUGUUCACCACACCAGAAGGAUUCAAGAUCUACCAUGCAAUCGUCUUCAACUUCAAGCUGACGAACAACGAGGCGGAAUAUGAAGCUCUGGCUGGAGGGCUCAGACUUGCCCAAGCCCUGAAAAUCAGCCGGGUCAGUAUCAAAUCUGACUCUAGCAUGAUAGUAGGGCAGGUGACCGGUAACAUGGAAGCAAGGGAAGGACGCAUGGCACAAUACAAGGACCUUGUACUUGCCCUGUUGAAAGGCUUCGAAGAGUUCAAGAUUGCCCAGGUUCCCCGGGCGGAGAACGCAGAUGCAGACCUUCUCUCCAAAUUGACGCAGUAUGCUCCCGAGCAUGUUUCGAAACUUGCCCGGGUAGAGAUCCUUGACCAUGCAAGCAUCGAGAAAUUGGAAGUCGCCGCUAUAACUGCCGGAAGCCAGUUUGACCGGUCAAACUUGGUCGAGGCGGACGACCAUUGGAUGUAUGAUCUGAUGGAAUAUUUGACGGAUGGGAGCUUGCCAGAACAAGAUGACCGGGCAAGAAAAGUGAAGCUCAGGGCACCCCGAUUCCAGAUUCUUGAUGGAAAGCUGUAUAAAAGGGCAUUUGGGGGCCACUCCGGAGAUGAUUGUGAAAGGUACGUCCAGAAAUGCAGGACGUGCCAAGUAUUCUAUAAGUAUCCCGGUAGACCGGCGACCUACUACCACCCCGUAUCGAAUGUCAUCCCAUUCGCUAGAUUCGGGGUUGAUAUCAUUGGAGCCUUCCCAGUCGCCCAAGGAGGGAAGAAGUUCGUGAUCGUAGCCAUCGAUUACUUCACCAAAUGGAUCGAGGCCGAAGCAUUGGCCAACAUCACCACGCAACAAUGCAAGAAAUUCGUUUGGAAGAACAUCAUCACGAGGUUUGGAGCGCCCAUGAACCUCAUCACCGACAACGGCCCACAAUUCCGAAAUUCGAGAUUCACUGAAUACUUGGAAGGCUUCGGGAUCAAGCACAAUCGUUCCUCGGUAGCGUACCCCCAAGGGAAUGGCCAAGUCGAAAACGCCAACCGAACGAUUGUGGAUGGUCUAAAGAAACGGCUGGGAGAAGCAGGAAACAAGUGGCUGGAAGAGCUCCCACACAUCGUAUGGGCGUUCCGAGUAACACCUAGGAGGGCUCACGGGGAAACUCCAUUCUCCCUAACCUAUGGGUGUGAAGCAAGGCUGCCCAUCGAAGCUGAAUUCCCAACGUUCCGGGAAUCAAGUUAUCAACCCCAAAAAAAUGAAGAAGACCACUUGGCCGAACUCAACUUGGUCGAAGAGCGAAGAAUGGCCGCGGAAGUUAAAAUGAGCACAUAUCAACAAGUCGUGAAGAAGUACCACGACAACAAGGUUGGGCCGCGAUACUUUCAAGUCGGCGAUGAAGUCCUGCGAAGAAGGGAGGCUAGUAGACCGGGAGACAGAGGAAAGCUGGCCAAAAACUGGGAAGGACCUUACCGGGUGAGAGCUAUCAUUCGCCCGGGAACCUACUGGUUAGAAACUCUUGAAGGUGUACCGGUAGAAAGAACCUGGAAUUCCCAUCAUCUUCGCAAGUUCUACAAAUGAUUGUAAUACUAGGCAAGACCUACUUCAUUAUCAAUCAAAGUGAUGUUCAAUA